CAAUUUCUUUUUCUACAUAUAAAACCUUUCUUCUUCUCUCUCCCCAAAUCUUUUUCCUCUCCAUUUUCUUAACAAAAACCAUCUCUCAAAACUUCAACUUCAACCAAAGUCCAAACACACAUAAACAUACUUUUUUAUAAAACAAUAAUAAUAAAAAUAAUAAAUCUAGGGUUAUAAUUAUUAUAUGGAUCCUCAUCUUCAUCACCAUCAACAUCAACAUCAUCUUCAACAACAACAACAACAUCAAUUUAGUCAUCAAAGUGUGAAUAUCGAUACAACAAGUGGAGGUGUUAAUAUUGGAGGCGGAGGGGAUAGAUUCCCUCAAUGGAGUAUUCAAGAAACAAGAGAUUUCUUGAUGAUUCGAGCGGAGUUGGAUCAAACUUUCAUGGAAACAAAAAGGAAUAAGCUUCUAUGGGAAGUCAUAGCAACAAAGAUGAAAGAAAAAGGUUAUAAUCGUAGCCCGGAACAGUGUAAAUGCAAAUGGAAAAAUCUUGUUACACGCUAUAAGGGAUGUGAGACACUUGAACCUGAAGCUCUAAGACAACAAUUUCCAUUUUACAAUGAGUUGCAAGCAAUUUUUGCAGCUAGGAUGCAAAGAAUGCUAUGGAUAGAGGCAGAAGGUGGUGGUGGAGGAGGAGGAGGAGGAGCUAGCGGGUCGAAGAAGAAGGCUAUUUCUUCUGAUGAAGAGGAAGAGAAUGAUGAUAGUGAUGGAGAAAAAGUUGGCAAGAAGAAAAGAAAGGUUAAGGGAAAUAUUAUUGUUGGUAAUUCAAGUGGUGGUAAUAAUAAUUUAGUGAGUAGUUUAAAGGAGAUUUUGGAUGAUUUCAUGAAGCAACAAAUGGUAAUGGAAAUGCAAUGGUUAAAAGCUUAUGAAGCAAAAGAAGAAGAGAGAAGAAUAAAAGAGAUGGAAUGGAGACAAACAAUGGAGGCUUUAGAGAAUGAGAGGCUAAUGAUGGAAACAAGAUGGAGAGAAAGGGAAGAACAAAGAAGGAUGAGAGAAGAAGCUAGAGCUGAGAAGAGGGAUGCACUUAUCACAACUCUUUUGAACAAGCUUAGAAGAGAAGAUCACAACAUGUAGGGGUGUACGUAUCAUCAGACCUUUCUAAAACAGUCAUCAUCUAUAACAGUAUUUC